AUGGAUAGCAAUUUGGUUAAAAAAAGUGGCAGGGGAGAGAAGAUGCUGUCAAUGAUUGGAAUAAGGCUAGAAAAAAUCGGGCAACCAGGGCAAGACCCACAUUGUCAUUGGAAAGUUAGCAGUCUCAGUGGAAUCUCGAACCCCCAAUUAGACAUUAACAAGUCCGAUUGUGAUGUUUUUGCUGAUAACGGAUCAAUUAUAGAUCAUGAUAAACCAGCUUCUAGCAGCAUGAUGGAAGGUGAAGAUGGCGUAUGUAACAAAGAAAACGACGCUAACGACGAUAUGGACAAUAUUAGCCAGAUUGACAACGACGACAAUGUGGAUAUUACAGCACAACCAGCUUCUAGCAGCAUGAUGGAAGGUGAAGGUAAAUAA